CUGUCGGUUUAUGGAAAGUGGUGUUUGAGGCGGAUGAGAAAAUGGCGGCUUCCUGGGCGGCAUGAGAACAUGUAGCUUUUUUCUCAUUUUAAUUCAGAAUUAUCCCGGGUUCAAAUUAUUAAAUUGAGUCCCGCUCUCGAUACUUUUUUUUGGAUUAAAGUUACAAUUUACGAAGAAAGUGAAUCUACCGGCACCAUGACAUCAGGGACCUCUGGCUCGGUUCUGCAGCCACGGUGGAAGCGGGUGUUGGGUUGGUCCGGCCCUGUCCCUCGGCCCCGACACGGACAUCGUGCAGUUGCAAUUAAAGAAUUGAUGGUCGUUUUCGGGGGUGGCAAUGAAGGAAUUGUGGAUGAACUGCAUGUGUAUAACACAGCCACCAAUCAGUGGUUCAUUCCUGCUGUCCGUGGCGACAUCCCGCCUGGCUGUGCUGCGUAUGGGUUCGUGUGCGACGGCACCAGGCUGCUGGUGUUCGGAGGGAUGGUGGAAUAUGGCAAAUACAGCAACGAUCUGUAUGAACUGCAGGCCAGUCGCUGGGAGUGGAAGCGUCUGAAGCCCAAGUCUCCUAAGAACGGCCCUCCUCCCUGUCCCCGCCUGGGACACAGCUUCUCCCUGGUAGGGAACAAAUGCUUCCUGUUCGGAGGACUGGCUAACGACAGUGAGGACCCCAAGAACAACAUCCCCAGAUACCUGAACGAUCUGUAUACGUUGGAGCUGCGUGCCGGCUCCAGUGUGGUGGGCUGGGACAUCCCCAUCACCUACGGGGUGUUGCCCCCGCCCAGAGAGAGCCACACCGCCGUCGUCUACACAGAGAAGACCUCUAGCAAGUCCCGUCUGGUCAUCUAUGGGGGUAUGAGCGGCUGUCGACUGGGGGAUUUGUGGACACUAGAUAUAGACACCCUGACAUGGAAUAAGCCGUCGAUCAACGGGACAGCUCCUCUUCCCCGCAGUCUCCACUCUGCCACAACCAUCACCAACAAGAUGUACGUGUUCGGAGGCUGGGUUCCCCUGGUGAUGGAUGACGUCAAAGUAGCAACACACGAGAGGGUCUGCACCAACACACUGGCCUGUCUCAACCUAGACUCGAUGGCGUGGGAGUCGGUGCUGAUGGAUUCUCUAGAGGAUAAUAUCCCCAGGGCCCGAGCUGGACACUGCUCCGUGGCCAUCAACUCACGCCUCUACGUCUGGAGCGGACGGGACGGAUACCGCAAGGCCUGGAACAACCAGGUGUGCUGUAAGGACCUCUGGUACCUGGAGACAGAGAAGCCCCGCCCCCCGUCACGGGUGCAGCUGGUGAGAGCCAACACCAGUAGCCUGGAGGUGAGCUGGGGGGCGGUACCAACUGCAGACACCUACCUGUUACAGCUGCAGAAGUACGAUAUCCCCCCCGCCCCGGCCGCCACCACGCCCGGCGUCAGCCCCGCGACGUCACUACCGGUCAACUCCCCCAAGAGCCCUGUCACAGCCUCUGCAGCGUCCCCCCAGGGCAUAACGCUGGUCCCCUCCCCCACCACCACAAUGCCUGGGAGUCCACUGGCUGCUGCGAAUGCACGCGGGCCAGCUAUCCUGAAGGUGUCUGCUCCCCAUUCAACCACAGGCACCUCCAUCGUCACGGUGAGGCAGGCCAACCAGGGCGGGAAAUCUCCCGUAACGGUGACAUCACUUCCUGCCGGGGUCCGCAUGGUGGUGCCGGCCCAGGGUGCACAGGGAACGCCAAUGGGCAGCAGCCCUCAGAUGAGUGGCAUGGCUGCGUUGGCUGCAGCGGCUGCUGCCACACAGAAGAUCCCGCCCUCCACGGCCACCAUGCAGCUUCCAGCUGGUGCUACUAUGGUCAAGACCGUGGCCAUGAGCCCCGGUUCACAGACUGUCAAAGUAGCCUCGCCUGUUAUGGUUAGUAACCCAGCAACCCGCAUGCUGAAGACUGCUGCGGCUCAGGUGGGCACGUCAGGUGUUGUCACACCCGGAACUCCUUCUCGCCCUAUCAUCACCGUGCACAAGUCUGGCACGGUGACGGUUGCCCAGCAACACCAGGUGGUUACCACGGUAGUGGGAGGAGUCACCAAGACAAUCACCCUUGUCAAGAGUCCCCUUACUAUGGGGGGAGGUGGAACACUGCUUUCUAACCUGUCCAACCUGGGGAAGGUGAUGUCCGUGGUCCAGACCAAGCCUGGUCAGACAGGAGCGGUGACGGGACAGGCUGGCUCCAGCCUCCAGCACAUCAUACAGACGAAAGGUCCCCUCCCGGCGGGCACCAUCCUGAAGCUGGUGACCUCAGCGGACGGCAAGCCCACCACCAUCAUCACGACGUCCCAGGCCGGGACCGCGGGGGGCAAGCCCACCAUCCUAUCCUACAGUGGCAUGCCCACCACCACCAAGCCUGGCACGCACAUCAUCAAGACCAUACCCAUGUCUGCCAUCGGACAAGCAGGAGUGACAGGAAGUGGUAUGAAGUCCCCCAUUACCAUCAUCACCACUAAGAUGAUGACACCAGGCACCGGGACACCAGGCAAGAUCAUCAGCGCAAUGCCCAGAGCUGGGGCUGGUCAACAGGGACUCACACAGGUGGUGCUGAAGGGUGCCCCUGGACAGCCUGGGACUAUUUUACGGACCGUCCCCAUGGGAGGAGUACGUCUCGUCUCCCCGGUUACUGUUUCCGGUGUCAAACCUAACGUCACCACCCUUGUUGUCAAGGGAACCACAGGUGUGACAACGUUUGGUACGGUGACUGGUACAGUGUCUUCGAGCCUGGCGGCCGGAAGUGUUGCCACGGCUACCACCACCUUGGGCACCAUGACCACUCUGCCUGGACAGGUCACCGUCUCCGCAGCUCAGGCGGGAGCUCAGCCCACUCAGGUGACCCUGAUCACGACCCCCAGUGGUGUGGAUGCUCAGCCUGUCCACGACCUCCCGGUCUCCAUCCUGUCCUCCCCCACCUCCGCCGACCCCUCGUCCACCCAGCCCGAGGCAGGCGACCCAGGGACGGUAACCCUGGUCUGCUCAAACCCGCCGUGCGAAACCCACGAGACCGGCACCACCAAUACAGCUACCACGGCCUCCGCUAACAUGACUGGUAAUGGUGGGGUGGAGAGGGUGUGUUCAAACCCGCCGUGUGAAACCCACGAGACCGGCACCACCAACACUCAAACGACAGCGUCCUCCAACAUGGGCCAGGUACAGCAGGUGUGCACCAACCCGCCGUCAGAGACCCACGAUACAGGUACCACCAACACCCAGACCACAGCCAGCUGUAACAUGGGCUCCAACCAGCAACAACAAGGCUCCAGCGUAACCAACAACACCACCUGCGGGUCUGACCCCCCGUCCUCUCCGCCCCCCUCCUCCUCCGGAGACCUCUCCCCCUCGUCUGUUUCUGGUACCAGCUCUGUGCCCGGGGUGCUGCGACCGGAGACUCUGAGAACAGGGACCACCUACACCUCGACCACCGCACGCUCUAACAUGGGCUCUGACCAGAUGGGGAUGACCCUCAGCUCCUCGUCCUCAGAUAACCAGAGCAAGUCAUCCAGUGGAGGAGGAGGAGGAGGAUCCCCCCUCACAUCUCCUGUCUGUUCCAAUCCACCUUGUGAAACGCACGAAACUGGCCCCACUGAGGCCGGAGCUGGAGGCAGAAGCGCCACACAGGUCUGCUCCAAUCCACCUUGUGAAACACACGAGACUGGCACGACCACUACGUCGACGCAGGCCAACUCCAGUAUGGGCAUCGGGCAGACUACAGGGACAGUGCAGAGGGUGUGUUCCAAUCCACCGUGUGAAACGCACGAAACGGGGACGACCAACACCCCGUCUCAGACUACGUCCAACCUGACAGGGACGGGCACGGUCCAGAGGGUGUGUUCCAAUCCACCGUGUGAAACGCACGAAACAGGGACGACCAACACGGCUACUACAGCCCAGCCUGGCGACUCAACACAGGGAGACAACGGAACUACGGAGGCUCCUUCGUCGUCCUCGGUAACCACAGAGUCCAGCGCCGUGGUGGCGGCUGGCCGAGCAGUUACCACGGUUACCCAGUCCACACCCACACCUGGACCCUCCGUACCUGAGAUCUCGUCGAUGUCUGGGUCGUCUGAGGCGAUGGUGACUGCAUGUAUAGAGGGAGAGGAGGCCAUGCAGACGGACUGUCUCCCAGAGGGCACAGUGAGGGUCGUGACCCUGGAAGAGGCUGCUGCAGCUGGGAUACAGGUCCAUGUGGAGGGCAUGGAGGAACAGAACCAGGGGGAGCAGGAGGGCCUGCCUGCGGAGCUGAUGUCUGAAGGUGACGCGGGGGACCAGCAGACCCUGAUGGUGACGGGUUUAACCCCCGAGGAGCUGGCUGUUACCGCAGCAGCCGAGGAGGCAGCACAACACGCUGCUGCUGAGGAGGCUAACGCCCAGGCCAUGGCCAUACAGGCUGUCCUGCAGGCCGCACAGCACACUGUCAUGAAUGAAGGAGACGGUGGCCAGGAGGGCCAGCACCAAACCACCACCAUCCCCAUUGUGUUGACUCAGGCUGAGCUGGCAGCCCUGGUACAUCAACAACAGCAGCUGCAGGAAGCCCAGGCUCUGGCCCAGGCAGCAGCGGCGGCGCAGCAGCAGCAGCACAGCACAACCAGGUCAGUCCACCGUUGUUUUGCUUUCCCCACAGAGGGCCUGGCCCCAGCAGACAGCCUGAACGACCCGGCGUCAGAGAGUAACGGCCAGGAGCUGGCUGCAGCAGUGACCCAGGCGGUGGCCCGGCUAGCCCCAACCUGCACCAUGGUGGUGACAAACCCGGCUAAGACUCAGCCCAUGAUGCCCAUGAUGGUGGCCAGUCCGGCUAAGAUGCAGGCAGCUGCGACCCUGGCAGAGGUGGCUAACGGCAUAGAGUCUGCUGCAGGGAGACAAGGAGCUCCUCCUGCGGUGGCCAAAGCCCCGGUGAAGAAAGACAACCAGUGGUUUGAUGUUGGCAUCGUCAAGGUGACCAACACCGUGGUCACACACUACUACUUGCCCACUGACGACCAAGCCACUGUCGAUGAUGACUCUGGGGCGAUCCCGGACUACAGUCAGAUGAAGAAGAUGGACCUCCAGCCAGGGACGGCCUAUAAAUUCAGAGUGGCCGGGAUCAACACCUGUGGUCGGGGGAACUUCUCAGAGGUCUCGGCCUUCAAGACGUGUCUACCGGGCUUCCCCGGAGCUCCCUGUGCUAUCAAGAUCAGCAAGAGCCCAGACGGCGCCCACCUGACCUGGGAGCCUCCGUCGGUCACAUCUGGUAAGAUCAUUGAGUACUCUGUGUACCUGGCCAUCCAGAGCGCCCAGAGCGGGGAGCAGGCCAAGCCCACCACCACCACCACCCCAGCCCAGCUGGCUUUCAUGCGAGUGUUCUGUGGGCCCAACCCUUCCUGCCUGGUGCAGUCGUCCAGCCUCUCCAACGCACACAUAGACUACACCACCAAGCCUGCCAUCAUCUUCCGCAUCGCAGCUCGCAACGAGAAAGGUUACGGCCCUGCCACGCAGGUCAGGUGGCUCCAAGAGGUAGGUAAAGAUGGUGUUGCAGCUAAACCAACUGCUAAGAGACCAGGCUCCUCACCUGACAUGAAAGCUGCCGGUCCAAAGAAGGCCAGAUCAGACCAGUGAAGGGAGUUUCCUUCUCCCCUUGUUGUCCAUGAUGACUAUGACUGAACUGAAUACAACACCUCUCAACCAGCCCCCCACCAACUAUCUACAAUAUCCUCAACCUCAGCCCCACAAACCUGGACCCAGACCGGCCCACAAACCUGGACCCAGAUCGGCGCCCCCCCCCACCCACCCACCCCCAAAACCACCCAUCAUUCACAAAAUGGCUGCCUGAAAAACCCAGAUGGAAAAUAAUCCCAGAGCCCUGCCCCCAUCACUCGAGGUUGUGGUGCCACGGACACCUUGUGUCCAACCUCGUGUUCUUUAUUGGUUUAUUACUGAUCUUCUGUUAAAACGGUUGAAAGCACACAAUUACAUUUUUCUUGGCUUUUUUUUAUUUAUUUUUUAUGAUUUUCGGUGAAAUCAACGACAACAAAAAAAAAUAGAAAAAAACCACUGUGGAGUUUUAACUGUAGUUGCUAGCUAGUUCUUUUCCUCUCUGUGUCCCACGCUUUUCUCCAUCCCGGUUUAUCAACACAAGUAAUUACACAGCACAAAAAGCUGUGUAUGUCCGAUGUCAUUUGCGCGUCGGGUCGAUUGGUCACACGUGUAGAAGGAUCAGAUGGUUGCUAUGGAAGACGGUUGAAACGGAAGAACACUGCAUCAUCACGUUGUCAUGGGGACAAAAACCACACCGAUGGGGGAAAACAAACAGCACUUGGGGAGGACAAGAGUGUUUUCUCCAUUGAAGGGGAGUCCAUCAUCAUCAUCAACAACCGAUUUAAGACUUCACAUUUGUCCUGGCUUUCGUCUUGCUUUGUGACAUCACUGUGUUCACAGGGAGUAAAAAAAAAGGAACGAGAGUUUCACUCGAGUAAAGAAAAGGAGGUGUUUUUGGUGUAGGUUUAGGAGACUACUUUAAUUCUCUAGUCUGUUUCCUUUCGUUGGGAGGGUGUGUGGACACUGGCUGACUGCCAACCAGGGUGAAAAAGUACAAUGUUUUUUUUUGUUUUUGUUUUUUACAGCCUUUAUUCGACAGGUAAUUUGACACUUAUUUCAGAAUUGGUGGUCUAAUGAACUGUUAAAUAAGGACUUUUUGUUACUUGCUCUGCUGCGGAAGAUGAAAGAGCAGAAACGAAAGACUGAAAGAAAAGAGGCGAGUGGAUGUUUGUUUUGUUUUGUUUAUACUUUCAGUUAAAAAAAAAUGAAUUAAAGGAAUUGAUUUGCAGAGAGAAAAAGCUUUACUUUUCACCUGUCCUCCUCCUCCUCGUCUCAACCUGUCGAUAGGCCAUGGAAUGCAUUUCUUGACAUCUAAUGGAAUUCAGAAGGUUCUUUUUGUUCCAAACCUUGUUUUUUUAGAAUUCUGAGAAUUAACUGGGAUAUUUUCUGCCCUCCCCUCCCCUCCCUCCCCAAAAUGCGGACAAACUGUUGAUAUUGAUCACCAUUCACAUUACUUUUUGUGUAUUGUUAUUAUUGUUAUUAUUAUUAUUUGCUUUACAUAUGUUUAGGUAUGCAAGUGUGUGUGUGUGUAAUGUGACAAAUGUUUUCCAUGUAGUUGGCAUGUAUUUUUGAAACAGAGCAUUUUAUUUACCGAGAGGUGAGAAAUGUUUCGUUAUGAAGAAUGAUUGACUGGUGCAGCAGCAAACAGGGUUUGAGCUCAGUUGUAAAUUAGUUCCUUCCUUCACGUAGCAAGUCAAGUUUAAAAAAAUAAAAUAAAAAAUAAUCUCUUUUUUAUAUAAUUAUCUGUAACAAAAAUGUUUUUACAUGUUUGUCAUCUUGGUUGCUUUAUGUCUUGAUAUAUAUAUAUAUAUAUAAAAAACUAAAAAAACACCU